AUGGGCCCAUCUUCGCCAACCAAUUUUGUAGUAAAUGUAUUUGACUAUCAGAGUGUAAGAUUAGAAUGGACACCACCGGAACAUCCCAAUGGUAUCAUUACUACUUAUAUAAUUUUAUAUAAUUAUGAUAUAUCGGCUCCCGAGGAAGCUUGGAACAAAGAUGAGAAAGAAGGGACCGUUAUGUAUUCAGUGGUACAGAAUUUGAUGCCAAGUGUUCAGUGCUAUUUUAUGAUGAGAGCUAGCACUGGUGUAGGCGAAGGACCACCAACAGAUCCAGUAGCUGUUGUUUUGCCUGCACCAUCCAUGACUGCACCAAUCAAUACUACAAGAACCACAACAGUGACUGCUGAACCUACAGCAAUACCGAUGGGUAACGGGCACGUCCCGAACUGUAAUGGUAAUGGGCAGGCUAGGAACUAUGGCAGACGUCUCAGUGAUGUGGAAUUGGAGAGCUUUGCUCCUAUGUUAACUAAACUACCUGAACAAGUCAAUAUAGACACUAAAGGUGGAAAUGGUGUUGUCAUGAAUGGGUACAGUCCAGUCGGCCUUCACAGUAAUGGAGUACCUCCAAACAUGCGGUUGCUAAGCAACAGCAACACCCCUGUUACAGUUUCCACCCCAAUCUCUGCUUCAUCUUCGUCAUCUGGUUGUCAUGGGGAUCCAACUGGAGAUGAAGAUACAACUCACCACGAGGAGAAUGAAACACUCCAAACUACACUUCAGAGCUCCAUCCCUAGCUGCCAUAGUGAUGAAGAUGAAGAUGGUGGCUCCCCAAUUGAUGCCAUGGCAACGGAUAGUGUUUGUAAUGCUGCCUCCCAUGACACAGACUGUAGUCAAAAGCUACCUCAUAAGACAGCUGAGAACUGUCCAGUGUCCUUGUCAAACCAAGACAAAAAUACGGGUGUUUUAACUGAACUUGGGGAUGCUGAGACAUGUGCGACAGAGGAAGCUGAAGUCUUACAAAAUUCUUCCACUCAGGAUUACCAUGGCAACAGUGAUAAUGAGGUUUGCCAAAAAAGCAGUGACUCUGUCACAAUUCCACUGUUGUCAACUGCAGGGAAUGGCCCACCGUUCUCAGGAAACUCAAAAAUAAACACUCAAGAUGAUCCUGUUUGGAAAAGACGGACACCAUCCUCUUGUGAACUUUCAAACAAGUCCCACCUCCAAAACCACCAGAACACUCGUGAUUCUCAGGAUAUUUAUAGGAAUUCACAAAUCAGGGAAGGGAAAGAUGACAAGAGAGACAAUGAUGAGAUCAAACAUGAUACCUCACCGCAUUUUAUUGAGCUUGCACUAAAUAUGUAAUAAUAUAUUGUGAUUUUAUAUUAGGAUUCAACAUUGUAUAAAUAUAUUACAUGCUUUAGAAUAGGAUCAAUUUUAAACUAUUUUAAAAUAUUUUAUUGUAU